AUGACGUGCAGCAGUUUGUCAUACACAGGUGGAAUUCAAGUGUGGUUUAUAUAUAUAGGAUGACUUACAUCGAACAGGGGGAAAACAAAAUACAUUGAGUUCUGUCGAUAACCACAAUCAUCAUGCGUGCAGUCGUCUGUCCCCGUGUUCCAAUCCCUCCUUCGGGUCUUACAUACACCACCAGUCAUCCAAAACCCAGUCCAAAGGCGGGACAUGUUCUUAUCAGAGUGAAGGCAUUUGGCCUCAACCGCUCUGAGCUACUGACCCGUCAGGGCCAUUCACCUGGCCUCAAAUUUCCUCGCGUGCUCGGCAUCGAGUGUGUCGGAGAGGUCGCAGACGCAGGUGGAGGUAGUUGGAAGGAGGGCGACGCCGUUGCCGCUAUCAUGGGCGGUAUGGGUAGGCAGUUUGAUGGCGGGUAUGCCGAGUACACUUUGAUACCGCAUGCUUCCGUAUCACCCCCUAUCAUGCUCCCGCCAAGCAUAGGAUGGGACAAAUUUGCCGCCAUCCCCGAAACCUUCCUAACAGCCUGGGGAACGUUGCAAGAUUCGCUGCAACUCAAUUCCGAAGACACUCUUCUGCUCAGGGGCGGAACGACCAGUGUUGGGCUCGCUUGCGCUGCACUCGCCAAGUCAUCUCUCUUCAACUGUGCCCAUGUGAUUUCCACCACUCGUUCAGAGAAGAAAGUCGCAAACAUGCGUGCGAGCGGUGCAGACUAUGCACUUAUCGACUCUGGAUCCAUCGCAGACAAAGUCAAAAAGCUCACUGGCGGCAAGGGCGCCACCAAAUGCGUCGAGCUUGUCGGAGGCCCGACGGUUGUCGAUUCUUGUGCCAGUUUAGGUCCUGAAGGGGUGAUCAGUAUGAUCGGAUGUGUGUCAGGGGAGUGGGUGUGUAAGGAGUUUGACGCCAUGACGUGCCUUGCGCCAAAGAAACACCUUACCAUGUUUUCAUCUGCGACUGUCGAUAUUUCCACGGCUCCAUUACAGUGGAUUGUCGACGCUGCAGCCAAGGGAGAGAUGCCGCUCAGCCUCGACAAGGUCUUUAAGCUGGAGCAGGCGAGUGAAGCGCAUGCCUACAUGGAAGCUAACAGCGCAGCUGGGAAAGUGGUUUGUAUGAUUGAUUAAGGUGACAUCUGCAGAGUUGCAUGGUUAAAAAACAAAUGAAGUGUACCCCAAAUGAAAUGUAAUUGUAUCCAUUUUUCAUCGAUGAUCAUCCUCUCCCAGAUGAAGUUAGGUUGUAUUCACUCUCGAAUAUACAAGGUCAAUAUAUCGGUAUGCAAUGAUAAUAGUAACAAAUUAGCUGUAUCAAUGGUAAGGAUUCCGAAUAUAUAUAAAUCGUAACGAACAUGGCACUGUUUUCCCCACUUAUACGGAGGAUAUCGCGUCUAUUCUCAUUGCAU